UUCUUUAUUUCUUUUGCAAUUUUCAAGCUUUGGGAGGGCGAAUUGAGAUGGCGGAAGGAGAACUCAAUGUCGAUAGUGUUAUUUCCAGACUUCUAGACGGUAAAAAUAAACUAUUUCUCAUUAUUAGAUUCGUCUCAUACUCUCCCCUAACGCAUUAUCGUUCAUUUUAGCUCGAGGAAGGCCCGGCAAAAGUGUUCAGUUGACCGAAGCUGAGGUUCGUGGUUUGUGUCUCAAGUCAAGAGAAAUAUUUUUAAGCCAGCCGAUUCUGUUAGAACUCGAAGCCCCUCUGAAAAUAUGUGGUGAGUAGCGUUUUCAAAAAUAGAAAGGGAUGUACGUGUUAUGUUCAAAUGUUUCAUUUACUUGUAGUUAGGUUCGUUUUUUAAUAGUACUUUUUUAAACGAUAGAAAGGCGGCAUGUCGAAGGUGUCUGAGCAAGGCGCAAUAUUGUUUAUAGAGUCAAAUUUCUUUAUCUUGCCACUCAUGUAAAUGUAUUUAGUAUCAUAAUUUUUAAAGUGCCUCUUCAGCUUGACAUUUUGAAAGUUCUGGUAUGUUUGGGCUCAUAUUUUCUCAUUUGAAUUGUGAUACAAUACAAGUUGCCAAGUUUUUCUGUGGGAAUUGUUCGUAUUUAUAUGUCGAAAGGUAUAUGAAGGGGAGAAAAGAAUAGAUGGAUGAUUCCUACUAUUUAGGCCCUGUUUACACUAUACCGGAUUCGCUGGUCACGACAUCUUUUGCCGUUACGGAGCAAUGGUUAGUAGCAAAUGCUUAUUAGUUUGACAGAAUUGGCAUGUUUAUUUGGGUCUCUGAGAUUAAAAAUCUUCACAGCCUUUCGAUACCUACAAAAUUUGACCCACUCCGAUAGCAAUCCGGUAUAGUGUAAACGGGGCCUUAAUAAGUAUAUGUUAUUUACUGUCUGAGAGUUUUCCCGAGAUUUCAGAAACAGUCUGAGGGCACUAUCCUCCGAAGAGCUCUGUAUAACACAAAAGCUAGCUAUACCACAGAGGAGAGAUAUACAGGGAGGAAACUCAAACUGGAUAACCUCAAUUUUUGUGUCACACGUUCCAGACGCCACGCAAAAUUUCUCAGUCAGUGCCGUCGCUGAAAUGGGUCGUUCCAGAGAAGAUCCAUACUCCCCCACAGAGGAAAUUUCUGCCGUCUGGAGGGGGAGUGGAGAAAAAAUUGUUUCUGAUAGUAGUAAAUGUAUUAGGACAUCCGAAGGGGUUAGGGGAGUUAACUUCCUAUUUCCUCUGUGGGGGUGGUAUGGAUGUUUUCUGGAAUGACCCAAUUUCAUAGCAAAAGAUAGGGAAAAUGCCGUUCGAAAGGUGAAAAUCGUUUCUUUUUAAAAAUGAGAUACCCAUGGAAAUUUUGUUCAAUAAGUUCAUAUGGUAGAAAUAUAGAAACAGUAUCCUUAUCCCGAGCUGACAGUGUGAAGCGCCAUGCAAGGGCACUAAAUCAGCAGGGCUAAUUAUACCCGGGUAUGUGAAAACAUAUGCGAAGUGCAAAGUUGUCCUCCAUGUGCAAGUACAAGCUCUGUCUAUAAAAAAUAAAUUGUUUUUCAUUUUGAAAGGACAUAUUUUGCUGUUUUACAGCAAUUUUUUAUUUCAAGCCAUUCUUCACUCGAUAAUUCACUUUAAUGCAAGCUGGUAUGCAUGAAAUUGCAGUGAAUGUUAUCGUUCAUUAUAAAGCUAGCACAUGCAUCAGUUGUGUAUUUAUGUUUAGGAAUUUCAGAUGCUCGUGUAUAAAUAACAAAGCAGCAAAUGAUAUAAAUUUCUCAAAAUAUAACUCUUGCAUAAAAUAAACAUGAAUACUUCUAUAAUAUGUAUAGUUGUAUUCCUCUGCAUUAGGCAUAAAAAUAAAUACCAGACUGUGGUUCCGGUUUCCGACCGACCCUACUUUUUUUCUGCUGACCCAAUUAUUUUUUCAACGCGAUUGACUGUGCAAUCCUAUUUUCUCCAGGUGGUUGCGGGCUGCUCAUAUAGGUUGCCAAAAUGGCGUCUGUUGCCACACUAAUUAUUGAACCAACUUAGAACAUUCUGGUAUAGGCGCUAUAUAAAUGUUAGUAUUAUUAUUAUUAUUAUUAUUAUUAUUAUUAUUAAAUUGCAAGGAAAUAGGCAUCUCUAGUUAAUAUUGAUGUCGGGAUUCUACUGCAAAUCGCCCAGCAAAAAACUGCCAAAACCAUGAAAAAAAUAUUAAAAAAAAAAUUUAUUUCCGACCUACUGACCCUAAUUUUUUCACGAUAUGAAACCGGAACCACAGGUAUUUUUUUUUAUGCCUUAUCAAAAUUUAAUAAAAUAGGGAAUUAAUAUAAUUUUCUAUAGUUAACUUAAUAGACUUAAUAUAUCGGCAUGACAUAAUUUGCCGCGAGUUUCCUCUCUGUAUAUCUCUUCUCUGUGGCUAUACCGAGUAAAGCAUAAGUGUAAGGCAUUCAGGUAAUUGGUGAACAUGCACGGUGGAGAAAAGGAAGAAUGAUAAAAAGGCUCUGCCAAAUUAUGUGUUCAUAUUAUGUGUAUGGCGUCAAUUUAUAAAUUCUGUGAGGGCAUAAAAUUACUAAUUCGUCGAAAUUAAAGUCCUUGUGCAGGAAUAAAUAGUGUUUUUUCCAACGUAUUUCUCCUUAGAUGCAAACAACGGUAGCUUGGUUUUGUACAUUUCAUUUCCGGUGAAUGAACACUGAAAAUGCACCCGAUGGGGCGAUGGCACUUUGUUUUGUAUAUUUCAUUUCAUGUGAAUGAACACGGAUGCACACCGAUUACACUUUGUAUUGUACAUUUCAUUUCAGUGAAUACACAUCCAAUAUGAAUGAAACACGAUACAUUGUGAGAAAAUAGUUAAUGGGGAAAAGUAAAUAAAACGUUCUUUGAUAUAAUAAUAUAAAAUCAAACGCAAUGCACUUUCUCAUCAAAAAAAUGAAAAUCUUCCAGUGGACCCAGUUUGGAAAGCCCCUUAGCUACUUCAAAUGGGAAGAGUCCGUCAAACGGACAGUAUAUGGGCUAGAUAACACCCUGAAAAUAGCUGUGAAAAAAAAACACAUGAAAAGAUACAAGAAUACCAAAAACACAGUAAAAGGCAACAAAUACUCUGGGCUUGAAGGUGAUUGGCAAGAAAUUGCUUAUGAUCGACAGAAAGCAGGGUUUCCAAGUUCCUGAAAAGCAGGGAAAGUCAUGAUCGACUGCCGAUCGCCAUGAUCAGGAACUUUGGGAACAUUAUUUCAAGCCCUAACAACUGAACAUAAUUAAUUUAGAAAGUACCUUCAAUGCUUCUGAUAAAAAUUGCCAGGCAAUAGUUAGCAAAAUUCCACAAUUUUUUCUGCUAAGUUUGAUUUGCAUCAUUUAUAUUUAAGACAAACAUUUGCCCCCAGCACGGAUUUUCCGUUGGUGGUGCUCAAGGUAAAACGUUUUGUAAAUUAAGUUGACCAUGUAAUCUAUUUUUUAGUUCUCUAUUUCACUCUAUUAGUGCUUUUCAGUUAUUAGGGAGCUUUAGCAGCGACUACAAGUACGAGAUUUGAUCGCGUGCGAGGAAAUCACUUAAUCACCGUAGUUGUUCUCGUUUCCAUUCAAAUGUUGCUUUUAUAGUAAUAGACCCCUAAAAAUAUGCAAAUAAGUCAUAACAUUAAAAACAAGUCAGAUAUUGAAUAUUAUAUAAUACCUUAUUGAAUUCUGAUAGUUUAAUUGGCUGUUUAUGGUCACGUGAUAUUGAAUAGAAAAUUCCAUUUCCCAAGAGUACAAUGGAACACGUUCCAUUGCACUCUUUGCGAGUGCAAUUGUACUAUUUGUUUUAUUCCAUUGUUCUCUUUGUGUUUUCGAUAAAUCGCAUGCGUCAAAAUGCUUCUCAUACGAAUCUAUUAGUCUAUUUUGGUAUUAUAUAAAACAAAUAAUGAAUGUUUAUUCGUGCAAUGGUAAGAAUAUUUUCAUUCGUCGAGAGAUGGAAUGUUCGAUUUAACUCGGCUGUCGCCUCGUUGAAUGGAACAUUCCAUCUUUCACCUCAUGAAAAUAUUCUUACCAUUGCACGAAUAAACAUUCAUCGUUUGUAUACUAAUAGAUUAUUUGCGCCGGAUAAACGCAACAAAUUAUUUUUGUAAGACAAAAAAAAGUCUACUUUCUUUUGAAAAGUUGUGGUGAGGACUACGAGAUUUCUCCACAAUUUCGUACUCAGAUGGGCGACGGCUACGACUUUUUCGCGUCAUUACGGGAUGGCGUAAGCAUACAGUAUCAAGUAUGCGUUUCGCUUGACGAAUCUCGUACCCAUUAUUAUUAUUAUUAUUAUUAUUAUUCAAUGAAGUAUUCCCGGAGAGGGUUUUUCAAUACCUAUUUACAGAACGAAUUGAAAUAUUAAAAUUAAAAUUCCUAUUUAUAGCGUUUAUUUAAAAUCUAUUUGGCUAUGAGAUACGAAGUAUAAUUACAUAUUUAUCGUUUAUUUAAAACCAUUAAAUCUAUAAUAUCAGAAAAAGCAAUUAAUUGUUGUUUAGCAUCUUCUUCUUUAAUUCAGUUUUAAAACUUUUCCAAGGUAACUUUUUAAGGUCUUCAUCCAAGUCAUUCCAUAACUUCGCCGCUCUGUAAUAAAAGGUUCUUUGUCCUGAAACUGUUUUGUGUUGAGGGAUGUGUAGCGCUUUAUUAUUCCUUGUAUUUAGAUCGUGAAUUUCAUUUCUUUUUAUAAAUAAUUUGGACAGGUAUAAAGGUGGUGCUAAUCCGUUCAUACAUUUGUAUGUUACUCGUAGACCAUAGUUGCUGUUAAAGCUCCCUAUUACUGCUGAUUUUAAAACAUCUAUAACUGUGAAUGUAUACACUACAGACUGUAAUUCAGUGUGGACUAUUUUGGAUACACUUAUAUAAUGUGGACCAUUCAAUGUGGACUAUUUUUGGAUACAAUGUAUUAGUGCCUGUUUAUUACAUCAUUAUAUUAAUAACUUAUUAGUUUACAACUUUGUAAGACCUGUGGUUCCGGUUUCCCCACCGACCUAUUUUUUUCUGCCUAACCUAUUAUUUUUUUCAACGCGAUUGACCGUGCAAGCCUAUUUUCUCCGGCUGGUUGAGUGUCUGUAGUGUCGUCACGAUAAUUAUUGAACUAAAAUACCAAAUUGCCUAAAUUUACUUAACUCUUUAAGUGGCAAUGCACCCUGAUGCCCCCUACUUUAGUAUUUUACUCUGUCUAACGCCAGACAAUUUUAGUUGUCAAGUGGUCGCCACUCAAUGGGUUAAUAUUGAUGUUACAUCACCCCAUAUAAAUACACAUAUACUGCAUGUACAUGCAUUAAUUAUGAAAUCAUCUGUUUCUUUUGGGUAAAAUUAACAAUGAGAAUAACAAGGUAACAAGCAAAAUGACAGCAAAAAAUCCCAGGAGGGUGGAUUUGUCAAUCUGAAAUUUUGAUAAUUGUAAAUUUUAUACAUUCAUUACAGUAGACAGUGUAGACCUAACCUGCAGCAGUUGCAAAAAAUGCAACUACAGCCCCUCUGGCAUGAAUUGAUCUGGGGCCAUGUGAUUCCAGUGCGGCUCUAACCAGCUUUCGGUUUAGUUAGAGCUCGACAACUGGACUCUGUAGCUCGGUUGGUUAGCGCUUACAAUUCUUAUUCUGGCAUAUGUAAUAGAAUAAGCAUGUCCUAGAAAUUGCAUAAUUAACAUUCAGACAAAUGUGAUGACAUUUAUCCGGAGUAUUUUUUAACGUUAAUUUAGAGUCAGGGAUGUGAUAAUUUGUGUACUCGAUAUGCUACAUCUUUCUUUCCAGUCAAGUACCACUUAGGGUUCUUGUGUUCAAGAGUAUCGCUCUGGUUAACUUUUUACAUACCUUUUCCUGCCUAUUUAUUUAUUUAUUUAUUUAUUUAUAUAACUUCGCCAUUUAAUACAUUUCCACAAAAUGACAUGUAAACAAUACAAUACAAUACAAUACAAUACAAUACAAUACAAUACAAUACAAAAACAAUACAAUAUAACCCAAGACAGUACAGUAUAGUUCAGUACAGUACGCUACAUACAAAUAAUACAAUAUUGUGCAACAGAUGGCUGGGACACCACAACAGUUACUGUGAGCCCUUUUAACAUAUAGUAACUAGAAACAACAAUUUAUAACACUGUUCAAACUGCGACAAGAGUUACAGUUUGAAAACACAUAUUUCCACGUUUUUUGAUCCUCUGCAUCAUAACAACUAUGUAGGACUUCCAAAUAAUAGUUCCGCAGCAAUCUUCUAAAUGUACUUAAUAACAUAUUUGGCCGUCUUAAGUUUGUUGGAAGACAGUUCCAAACUCUUCUGGCUCGGGUAAAAUAAGAUUUUUGGAAGGUGAUAGUCCUGGUACUGGAUGAUCGGGUUACUCGGGUACGAAUAAUAGGUUGAGGGAGAACAUCUAGAUACGUCGAUCAUAGUGAAGAUUUUUAAUCCAAAAAUCUUUUUCACUCUAGAAACCCCUAUAUUUUAGCAUCUGGAUAUAAUUAUAGAGCUAUACUCCCAAUUCAUCAUAACAAUCCUGCACAACAUGAUGGAUUCAUUUGUAUAUACUAAUCUUGUCACUAUAUAAUAGGCGAUUAAUCAGUUUUACAUCGCGCACUUUUACUGCGCAGAUUUAAUAACAAAUUCUAUCUAAUGUAUGUAGUUGAACUGCAAUGUAGAGUGAUAAAGAAAGAGUAAGGGCAAAGAGAAAAACACUCUGUAUUGAUCAGGCGUUCUUCAGGAAAUAAAAAAUGACACAACUCUAGCUAGGGCUCCCUGUGCAACAUGUUGCAUGUUUAACCCUUGUAUUUCUUUAAGAAGAUCUGUGACCCUACUUUUUAUUUUAUAUUUUUGUUCUUCUAUACGUUUUACAUCCAGGGCCUCCCUAUAGUAGAAAAAAACUAUAUUUACGAUUUUUACAAUAAAAAAAUCAUGUAUACGGCCCUAUUUACAUAAUUUCUACAACAUAUAAUAUUUUACCUUUUUCGUGCAUGCUUCAAUAACAUGUCUGAGAUGAUGGGAAAAGUCAUCUUUGCACCACAACAAUCCACGUCAAUAGUUUUUGAUUUGCUAGUAAAGACACCAUGUUUUCUUGUAUAUAAUCAACAGAUAGACAUUAGUAGGAUCUUAUUGAAAACAUCAAUAACGAUUGAGCAAUUGCGAUUGUUCCUGUAACUCGUAAAAGGGUCAAGAUGGCGCCAUAUGGGGGAAAAGAGGAGGCAUAUUACAUUUGUCAUAUCUUAGAAACGAGUUCGGUGACCCCAACUUUUUUUCUGUUUUUACUAUAUAUGAGCAUAUCAUAAACUUCGCCAAUUAGGAAGUUUCAGCAAAUUCUCAUUUCCAGAACAAUCACUGAUGUAUCACCUUAAGUUUUCCCGAUGUUUGUAUAGGUAAUAGCAUGGUUUCGAGUGCAAUUUGGAUAUAACAUGCACGACAUGGCUUGAAUUUUAUCGCGGCAAUUGCCGUAGAGGGGGCACAAAAUGCCGUGAAUCAUUGCGGCAACGACGGCAAUUUCUUGCCCUAUAUAGCAUAAUUUUUAUACCAUUCACUGUGCAUUACUAUUUUGAUACUACAAUUCAGAUGUUGAUCAAAUCAUGCGUAAACUAUUUUAGUCUCAGUUUUCUUCGAGAAAAAUCCACUAAAGAGAUACGUAAACAUGUUUCUAGCUUGUCAGCAAUCCAAAGUAACAAUAAAGUUAAAUUUUUAUUACAGUAAUUUGAAAAAAUGCCGUGGAAACUGCCAAAAUUGCCGUGGACACUUGUUGUGUUCUACGGCAAUUUUUCAGGGAAAUUCGAGGCCUGAUGCACGAGUGAGUUUUUCAAAGACCUCAAAAAGUUUGAGUUUUUCAAAGACCUGUUUGGGAUUAACUGCACUGAAAUCAACCAAUCACAGUCGAGUAAUAUUUUUAUGUAUAUUAUUAUUAAAGUACCGUUAUAACAUGUUUAGUCAAAUGUGAACUAAACAUUGUCAUUCCACAUGCAUGUGAACUGCGCAUGCACGAGGAAGGUCGCGAUCUAUAACCUCAAGUAAAACAAUAAUUUCCUUGAUUCUCGUGCAUCACUACAUUUUGAAAAUGUCGAAGGGGCGGGAGGUUUAUAUUUUAUAUAAUUUACUUAUUUAUCAGUAAAUAAAAAUAAUUCUUAAUAUUUAAUAUUUCUGUGAUUUCCGAAGUGAAGGGCGACUGUCAUAAACCGAAAUAAACAUAACUCUGACACAGUUUUGUCAUCUCCAACGUAUCUUCAAGGAACAAUAACUUAAAACGCAAUGAAAUUUAAAAUGCAAUGAACUUUCUUGCACUUGCAGGCAGUUUAAAAUUACACUAAUAUACCGUUCCUCUACAUCAAUGGCUUACAUCACCAUAGAUAAGUAGAAGGGAGUUGCCCUGCUUGAGCGGUCUUCCAACAGACACAAUACAGUAACAAGUAAAAUGUUCUUUUAAGGUGAUAUACAUGGGCAGUACACAGAUCUACUUCGACUCUUUGAGUAUGGUGGAUUCCCUCCUGAAGCUAACUAUCUCUUUCUUGGGGACUAUGUUGACAGAGGCAAACAGUCGUUAGAAACGAUAUGUUUGUUACUAGCCUACAAAGUGAAAUACCCGGAAAACUUUUUUCUGCUUCGAGGCAACCAUGAAUGUGCCAGUAUUAAUCGUAUAUAUGGAUUUUAUGACGAAUGUAAGUGACUUGUUGUUAAUAGUGUGUGCCAGAAAGAUCUGCCAUAAUUUUCCUGGCAUCCCCAUUGUGACCGCCACUGGAGAGUACCAGAAGAAAACCUGCAGUGUUUUGUAGAGACUAUUCUCACAAUUCCAGUUACUGGAUGUCUUGUGCAGGCAGUUCUGUAACUUUACUUUUUUGACCACUUGCAUGAAAAUCAGUUGCCCUGAAUAAAAUUUACUUGCCAUCACACAUGCAAUGACCACUGGGGUACCUAGGUGGGGGGGGGGGUAAAUUAAGGGGACAGUAGAGGGUAUAAAUUAAGGGGAAUUACUGCCUCAGAUCUAGCUUUGGCCCACAAAAAAUAUAAUUUGUAUCAAGUACAUGCACUAUAAAAAAAAUUAUAUCCGACAAUGAAAACAUAAACUUAAAGAUGCCCAGCUUUUUGUGGCAAGGCAACUUGCUCAAUUGGGCAAGCAAGAUGAAACGUUUACUUGCCCGUCAUGAUAUUCAUUUGCCCCGUGGAAGCGGGCGAGUGUUAAGUUACACCUUCAUGUGUAGGAAUGAUACCACUGGGCCACUAACGUCAAAGGCACAUGCCACCAGCAUCUCCGAUAUCUAAAUGUACAUCUGAUUAUUUAUGUUCAUUUCACGUUCUAGGCAAGAGAAGAUACAAUAUUAAACUAUGGAAGACUUUCACAGAUUGCUUCAACUGUCUUCCAAUUGCAGCAAUUGUUGAUGAGAAAAUAUUUUGCUGUCAUGGAGGUGAGUGCAUUUGGAAGUCCUACAUAUAGGAUGACAGUCGCUUAAAGCACGGUUAGCUUAAAGUAACUUACUUUAUGUUAUUAUAUACCAAACAGAGGACAAUAUAGUUAAUAUGCUUUUAAAUUUUAAGAAAAAUUAUAUCCUUUGCGGGAUGUAUGAUCAAUCCAUUCUUUAAAAAAACUGAUUGCUAUAUGUGUCUGGACAAAGGGGAGCAUGUAAAAUAUAUUCACAUAUUGUUAGCUUUUGGAGUUGUCCCUUUUCAAAUAUUUCUAUUUAAGGUGGCUCGAUAUAUUAAUCCUCUCUAAGAGCUAGGCUCGUCAAGAGAGAUGUCAACGUAUUAAACGCACAAAUUGAGUACAUCAUGUUUAAAUAAAGAAUUAGAAGCAAAUAGAAAAAGGAAAUAUGGGUAGUUAAGCUUAUCAAAAUAAACCCCAAAAUCUGAAGAUAAGAUUCUAAUAUUCAGUUAAUUAAACAAGUAAAUCAUCAAGAUUUCAUUUUCUUCAUAACCGAUUAUUUCUAAACCAUGUAGAAUCAUGAUCUUCGGAUAAGCUUAACCAUGAAGCAACUUAGCAGCAUAUUGAGGACAUGCAGUGCAAAAAAUAUGUUUAAUCAGGGUUCGUAGCGGUCUUUGAAAUCCUUGAAAGUCUUUAAAUUUGAAUGCAGGUCUUUAAGGUCUUUGAAAAGUCUUUGAAUUAUGUGAAAAAAGUCUUUAAAUUCUUUAGUGAGUAUGAGAUUAUACGAUUUCCUAGCUAAUAAAAUAGAUUGAUUGAAGCAAGAUUUUCGCAAAUAUCGACGAAAAGGCGUAUUUUAGGAUGGGAUUUGACGGGACUAAUAUUGGGUAAAGAUGGUGCUUACACUUCGCAAUUUUUCGACAGCUGAUUGCUCUCAAAGGUCUUUGAAAAGUCUUUGAAAAUAGGCAGAAAAAAUCUUUGAAUUUUUUUGGUCUUGGAGACUACGAACCCUGUUAAUUGUAGAGUUUUAAUUGUUUCCAUGCACUAUUCCCCAUGACUUGUAUCUCGCGUCAUUGUGCGCGUUUCAUAUCGUGUUGCAUGUCCGUGCUGACGUCUAUCUGAUAUAUUCGGCACUUAAACUUGCUGUCCGUUGUGUGGAGGUGUCUCUUGUACAGAACGUUCGUUAAUACAGGUUCCAUAAUCUUGUACCAUUCAGGCCUCUCACCAGACUUGCAAUCAAUGGAACAGAUCCGGCGAAUCAUGAGACCAACAGAUGUGCCUGAUACAGGCUUGCUGUGUGAUUUAUUAUGGUCAGACCCAGAUAAAGACACAAAUGGCUGGGGUGAGAAUGAUCGUGGUGUUUCGUUCACGUUUGGCUCUGAUAUGGUCAGCAAGUUUCUCAACAGACACGAUCUGGAUCUAAUAUGCAGAGCACACCAGGUGAUUACCGCAUAAUGACACUCAUUACAGUGUAUGCAUUAUCUGAAGAUAACACACUCACCCGUUAAGACAAACGUUCAAAUUCCCUUGGAGAAAUCCCAUUGACGUCAUCUACCAGAAAGAAACUUGGUAUUAAUGAUUAACUGGGAUCGGGUUUUAGGUUUAAUGUUUUCACACAAGUGUAGAUGUUCCAUGUUAUUCAUAUUGUUAUAAUCGAGUCCCUUAUUUUAGGUGUGAUAUUUCACCUGCCAUGAUAGUGAUAUGUCCUCCAUGACAUUUACCGUAUUACAGUACGCCACUCUGUUUUUGGGCAGGAUGGAAAGUCAUAGAAUAUAUCGUAUCUGCCAAUGUCUGCCCUUAGAACAUGUAUUCUAAAGGUUUUUAAACCAGUCUCACUUGUCAGCGUGAGGUGGUUCUUGUAUUUUAAGUGCUUAAAGGACAUUGGCAAUAAAUGAGUUUAGAAAGAACUCUUAAAGCUAUAUAUUAAACUCUAUUACAAAUUGUUUAUAUCUUGUUUAGUUUUCAAAAAUUUUCGACUGAAAAAAGUGAGCUCUUCGCCGUCUUGGAUUAUGUGGUAUGAAUGUUACGUCAAGAGAGGGGUCUUUUUUAUCUGGAGAGUAUAAGCGAUCAACAUGGGUCCAAAUCUUCGUUUCUGGUUGCGAUAUGAAAUUUAGAAAUGAUUAAAAGUCCUCAAAACCAUAGUGAACGAGAUCAAGAAUUAGUCCAAGAUGGCGGACAGCUCAUUAAUUUCGGUCUAAAUAUUUCGAGAACUAAGCAAGAUCUGACAAAUCCGUAUAAUCGAGUUUAAUAUAUAAUUUUAAGAGUUCAAACUAAUUUUUUAUUGCCAGCUCACUGGUUCUUUUAUGCGUGUUUUUACUAUACAAAUCCACUCAUACAAAUAUAGACCCGACAAAGGUCGCGAGUUCGAUUCCCACCGUGGCCAAGCAAACGUUCCGAAAUAUCAUCAACUCGAACCGACUUGACCACGUAGCUCAGUUGGCAGAGCAUUGGACUAGUAUCCCAAAGGUCGCGGCUUCCAUUCCCAUGCACCAUGACCAAGCAAACUUUUCAACUUGCACGGUGUGGAUGCAUACUCAGAGUAACAUCACAAACAUAUUCGAUUCACCUGAGUACAUAACACACACACAAAAAUAAGAACUACAGUUAGUAAAAACCAGGUAAAACGUGUACGGCAAUUAUAGGGCGUGCUGUUCAUACUUUUAAUGUUUUUAGGUCGUUGAAGACGGUUACGAGUUCUUUGCAAAACGACAAUUGGUAACAUUAUUUUCAGCGCCGAAUUACUGUGGGGAAUUUGACAAUGCUGGUGGCAUGAUGAGCGUUGAUGAAACGCUGAUGUGUUCUUUUCAGGUAAGAUUUUUAGAAACAUUAGUUUUCUCUGUACUAAGCCCCGGUCGAACGCGAAGAUGAGAGUUGGUAAGCGAGAGUUCGCACAAGCAACUCUCGUAAACCGGUCGAACCCCGAACGAAUUAAGAUGAGAGUUAUUGAGAGUUGAGACUGCAUGGAUGUUGAAGUCGACACAGCAGCGGCCAAGAGAUACCCGAAGAUGCGAGACAAAGAAUUUUUCGUUGUUUUCUGCAGUGUCACAAUAAUAUGAAACUAUAGUUUUCAUAUCACUGACUGGAUUUUACCGCGCGUUUAUCAAAAUUUCAUGAGAGUGCAAUCCAUGCAUAAGAGUCGAACACUGGAGAGUUGACGAGAAUUGCAAUUCCACCAUCUCUCAUCUUUUGAUCACGGCUUUAUGUUCACAUGUGUAAUGUUUUUUUCAUAAUAAUUCUGGUGUAAGCAUUAUGUGAAUGCAUUUGGUUAAUUCUAGAGUUUUGUUUGUUACCGAAUAUUAUUUCUAUUUAAUUUAAAACCGAAUAAAGAAGCAUAUUCGACCUUUGAUAUAAAAAGGCGAUUGCGGCUUACAGAUGGAAACUUUGCUAAAUAGAUAUACGUGGUGUUUACACAAAACAAACAUACGUACUACUAUAUUUCACCAUUCAAACAUACAAGAAACAUGUAGAUGCUCGACGACAAAUGGUUACAAUUUUCCUCAUUCCAGGCUAAUUGUGGUUUCAUUAUUUGCGUUAGGCCCUGUUCACAUGAACUCGGGACAGCGUUAUGUUUCAGGGCAAGCAAUUGUCGCGGGAAAAAAAUUGUCUUGGCCUCUUAAGGCCAUGUUACACGGUGCAAUUUUUCUUGCAACUUGCAAUGCAAUUCUACUCUUGAGAGAUCUUAAUUAGUGAAAUCUGUGAAGAAUUUUCGAUAUAUUGAGAAAACAUCAGCGGAGUGUAAUGAAGACUCGUAUUUGGUAAUUUUACAUCUCUCAAGAGUAGAAUUGCAUUGCAAGUUCAAGAAAAAUUGCACCGUGUAACAUGACCUUUAGUAAAAGAAUAGUGCUGUUCACAUGAUAUUUUACUUGUCCCGGGGCGAGAAUUGGCUCCGGGUGACUCGCCUCUGUAUACAGGGACACUCGCCAGCUGGGACAACUUUUCCUCAUGUGAACACUUUGCUCCGGGGCAACUUUGUCCCGGGAUAAUUGAAUGUUUGGUGAAACGAUCUAAAUCGUUAUUUAAUUGGAGAUAUCAUUGGAAAUCUAAUAAAAUUGUCGCUGAUAUCAUGUUUGAAACCAAGAAAAUGCAGUAUGCUACUCAGAAAAAUUUGAUCUGAACUACCAGAAACAAUGAAUUGAGCACAUUCUACUACGGCUAAUAAUCAACUUUUGCACAAGUGAAUAUAACAAAUUUGACGUAUUAAGUGCUGUUUUUAAACGAGCUGGAGUGUUUUCCUAAGUUUAACAAUUAUUCGCCUUAGGCUCGGUGAUUAUCAGAGAAUAUUCACCUCGACUUCGUCUCGGAAUAUUCCCCGAUAAUCGUCGCCCUUCGGCGAAUAAUUGUUAAAUGUUCUAUUUGUAAAUAUCAUAACAUAUUAAAAUACGACUUGCGUUUAUCAGAAUUAGGGGUGCACCGGAACCAGUUUUUUAAGUUCCAGCCGGAACUGGAAAAAAGUUCCGGCCGGAACCGGAACUAAUUUAUUAAGCCAUAUAUGGUCAUAUGUUACUUUGUCCGCUGCCAGACAGGCAGACACUUCAAGUCAUCAAGGAGAGAGCUCGCAAAUGUUAGAAUAAAAAGAUUAAGACAAGCGUUAAACGUCAUAAUGAAGUGUUAAUAGUGUACAUUUCCCUUGCGUAGUCCAAAUUUCUUCCUACUGUGACCUUUUGUUAGACACAAAAACGUUUGAUAUUCUAUCUCUCUGAAAACGACAGAGUUCCGGUUCCGGCCAUGCUUUUUUUACUAGUUCCGGCCGGAACCGGAACUCUAAAAAAUCGGGGUCCCGGCCGGAACCGGAACUCUAAAAAAUCGGGGUCCCGGCCGGAACCGAGUUCCGGUGCACCCCUAAUCAGAAUGUUUUUUUAUUUAGCAAUAUUUCACCGUUUCACAUUGGCGAGAAUAUUUUAUGAUUCACGCGUAAUGUAUUUAUAAGCACAGGGCUCAAAAUAACGGCCGGUAACGGAAAGUGAUCUUGACCGGUCACUUUUUUUCCUCACCGGUCAUUUUGACCGGUCACAUUUUCAUGCCUUCCAAUGUGAUUGCUGAACUCUUGAAUUGAAACAUAAAACUAUGAUGUAUCGAAACAAGUUUCUAGUAGUUUGUUUCAUUGUUAGUGUAUCAAUUACCGGAUGUCAAUGCCUAUCUUCUUCUCCCACUGAAAACCCGAGCAGUUUUCGCGCAUGCUCAGUCAAUUUUACCUCCUGUUGUCAUUCGUAAUUUGCAACAUUUGCACAAGCGUACAAACUGUACGAUUGCGGGAGGGGUUAAGGGGCGGACCAUUUGACUUUUGAAGGGGGGGGGGGGUUGGAAGAUUCAGACCGUGUAAGACUUUUUUCUGCCCAGGCGAACAAGACAGAUAUUUUUUUCCUGUAAAAGUGCAGUGUAAGAUAUUUUUUUCUAAUGUAUUUCGCGGCAGGAUUUUUUUCCCCUCUCAUAAUAACGGCUUGCAGUAACUUAAGGUUUUCAUAUUGCUAUCGUCAGAGACGUAGCUGGGUUUUUCAGUCAAGAGGCCGAGAAAAUCCCAAGAGGGGCCGAGAAAAUCCCAAGAGGCGCCAAGGAAUUUUCACUGUUCUUUAUUUUUUAUGGUUAUGUCUUACUGUUCCCCACACUAAAGCGUGCAGGUUUGCUUACAAAAAAGUGUAUAACUGCACCAAGACCUAAAUCAUGCAGGGAUAGAGUAGAGUAUAGGAGGAGUAUAUGAACCUUGGGGGUUUAAAAAUUUGAACCUCUGAAAUGCUAUUUCCUGCGUUUUGAGCCAUGGAUUCGUCCAACAACUUUAUUAAUACAAAUAAACUUAUUUAUUUUGAAUUUUAUUUAGGUUUCGCUGGCGAAUGCGCCCCAACCUUGUCAAUAACAUUGUAUUUGGUACGCCGUUUGAAUCACUGCCGUUCUUGUGUCGCAUCUAAUACAAUUAAGUUCGGCACAUUUACGGCGUCUGAAACGGCCCUAAGAGUUACAUGUAGGAUUUUUUUGAGCGCUCUCUUUCGCAGGAUAUUUUUUUUCUCGAUUGUAUGCUGCAUGAUUUUUUCCCCUUCUCCGUGGGUUGCAGGAAAUUUUUUUCUAAGUCCUCCAACCCCCUCAAAAGUCAAAUGGUCCGCCCCUCAGACUAAUAUGUUUCCUUUUAAAAUGUUGAUUAGACUCAUCAUCAUGAUUCCUGGGAUUCUACAUUUUCGUAGUGUACGCUCCGCUGGUGUCGAAAAAAGAUUGCACUCUUUUCGCUGGUGAAAAUGUUUAGAAUUAUCAACCUCGUACCCAGGCUCUUUCCACUGCAGUGGAAAGAGCCUGGGUACGAGGUUGGAGAAUUAUGGGGACAUUCAUAACUCAUCUCGUUCACAUGUAUCAGAAGAAGAAAAUCGCAGUACAAAUUGCAAGUGUAAAUGGGACUUAAUAUUUCCUUUUUUCCUCAGAUUUUAAAGCCAUCAGAGAAGAAAGCGAAAUACCAAUAUGGUGGUCUCAAUUCUGGUCGGCCUGUUACACCUCCGAGAGGUGGAGCUCCACAGCAAAACAAGAAGGGCAAAAAGUAGAUGGUGCUUCGAGUCGGAACUUUGCUGUCUACAGCAUUCUUGUACCAUAACAAACUUGUCUAGCUCAGACCUCUUCAACAAAACAAGAAACAUAUGAUAAAUUAGUUUGUAAAAUAACAGGGGAAUGCAUUCGUACUCCAGGGUAUAUACACCUUCCAGAUUUUAAUCUAAUUUGCAUGUUUUGAAUACUGACAAUCAUGUUAUAUUUGUGUCCAGACUGUCCAGUGUAUGUAAAUCUCA